AUGCAAGCUCAAGAAGAAACACCUCCUAACAUACAAUGCAAAGAUAAAUUUCUAAUUCAGAGCAUAGUUGCAAAGAUGGGAGCAACCACAGAAGAUAUUACUUCAGAAAUGUUUAAUAAAAACUCGGGUUCUAAAAUUGAAGAGUGCAAACUAAGAGUUAUUUUUGUUGAACCUUCUCAACCAUCAUCUCGAAUUCAAGAAGAAUCGGUUGAAUAUUUAUCUUCUCGCUCAGAUCAGGCAGCUGCACUUAUUUUAAAAUUAAUUGAGGAGAGGGAUAGUGCUAUUAAGCAAAAUAAUAGACUGGAGCAAGAACUGGAGUUUUUGAGGAGUAAAGCCAACAAUGACGGUUAUAUAAAGCAGGCAUGUCAAUGA